GUGUCUUCUUUUUCAAUUGAUCCGAAUACUUUAUCCAUUAGAUGUUGCUUAACUUUUAUCAAUCUUAACUUAAAUAGCAAAUACUCUUAUUCUAUAUUUGUAAUUAAAACAAUAUCAUUUCUCCGUACAUAAUUAAAGAAAAAAUAAAAACAUUAUAAUAACCCAACCCCAUGAAUUGGGGGCAAAAAAAGCGAAUCUUUGAUAUUUAACCACGGACCACGAGUCACACAGUAUGAUUUCAAGUAACAAUAUUAUAAAAUUCACAAAAAGUAAUCAUUCCAUAUUUCCAACAAUAAUAAAAUUAAUAAAUAUUCACCAAAAAUAAAUAAAAUUAAUAAAUUCCGAAAAUAAAAAACGCAAAAAAGAAGAAGAGGCAAUCUCCUCGUGAGCAGGCUGUCACGGUUGCCUAACUGCCUCAACCUUAUACUACAAUCCAAAUCAAUUUUCUCUCUCCUCCUCCAUUUCAUCUUCUUCUUCUUCACUCCCACAAUCCACACGCUUCUAGAGAGAGAAACCCAGAUCAAAUCUAGAGAGAGAAACUCCAACAACAAGAUUGCGAAACAACGGGAGCUUGGCGGCGGCGCCAACGGCGAGGAGAGAGAAAAUAUGGGCGGAGGAGCGUCCGAAAGACUACCCACUUGGAAGGAGAGAGAAAAUAAUAAGAAGAGAGAAAGAAGAAGACGAGCUAUUGCUGCUAAGAUCUUUACUGGUCUUCGUGCUCAAGGGAAUUAUAAGUUGCCUAAACAUUGUAAUAAUAAUGAGGUUUUGAAAGCUCUUUGUAGAGAAGCUGGUUGGAUUGUUGAAGAAGAUGGUACUACUUAUCGCAAGGGAUGCAACCCACCACCAAUGGAUAUGGCGGGGACAUCGGCGAAUAUUAGUGCGUGUUCUUCCCUUCAGCAGAGUCCACAAUCAUCAGCAUACCCUAGUCCCAUACCUUCAUAUCAUGCCAGUCCUACAUCUUCUUCAUUCCCAAGCCCUUCACGAUAUGAUUCAAAUCCGUCGAAUUAUUUGCUACCUUUCCUUCGUAAUUUGGCAUCUAUUCCUAAAAAUCUCCCGCCCAUUCGGAUAUCAAACAGUGCCCCUGUAACUCCUCCGUUGUCUUCCCCGACUUCUAGGGGCUCAAAGCGUAAAGCUGAGUUUGAGUCCUUGUCGAAUUCAAAUGGCUCUGGCUCUCAACAAUCUGCUGCUCGUAACUCAUUUUUUGCUGUGUCAGCCCCAUCUAGCCCUACACGGCGCAACAACACCACCCCACCUACUAUACCAGAAUGUGACGAGUCUGAUGCCUCGACUGUUGAUUCUGGUAGAUGGGUGAGCUUUCAAACAGGGCCAUCCUUAGGUACUCCAUCUUCUCCUACAUUUAACCUUGUGAAACAAGCUGUUGCACAGAGAAGUUCGAUGCAGGGGAUACUCAAUGGGACUAUGGCCCUCGGAUGGGGAGGUGCUAUGGAGAGAGGACGUGGCCCGGAAUUUGAGUUUGGAAAUGGUGCUGCUGUUAUGGCUUGGGAAGGAGAGAGAAUACAUGAAGUGAGCACGGAUGAUUUGGAGCUCACGCUUGGUAGUGCCAAGGCCAAAUGCUGAAGGUACUCCUGCAAUUCUCAUG